AUGGAGAGCGCCCUAGCAGCAGCGUCCGCCAUCACGGACCAGAGGCAAAAGGUGGAGCAGUACAGGGCGAUACUCUCCUCUGUCAUCUCUUCGUCCUCUGCGGACACCUCGCCGGCCAAGCGCUUCAUCGAUCACAGUAAUGGACACCUUCACUCUUUUGUUUUCCUAUGGAAAUGGGGAUCUCCAUCUCUAUCUCCUCUCCUUCUUGCUCUUGCUCCUUUAAAAUGGUUGAAUUUUCAUCUUACGGCUGCUUUCAGUGGUCUCCGACGAUGUUCCUUUGGUCGUCUCGAGGCAGCUUCUGCAGACGUUCGCGCAAGAGCUGGGGAGCCUGGACCCAUACACUCAGAAGGAGAUAUCACACUAUUCCCUUGCUCGUAUUCAACCCCGAGUUGUCUCAUUUGAAGAGCAGGUCGUCUCUCCAUCUUCCCUCUAACGAAAACAGAGAGAGGAAAUAUUAAGCUUAAAAAUAACAUUGUUACGUUUAUCUGUCUCUGAGACUGAACUUUGGGGACUUUUGCAAUGUGUACUAUUGAUCGAAUUUUAUGGAGCCUCUCUUUUUGAGAUUUUCAACAAUGGGGUUUUCUUCCAAUCAUUAUUCUCAGGCUUCCUAGCUAACAGUUAAGCUAUACUUCCGCAGUAUUGUGCACUACUGAUGUUUCGUGUUUAGUUUAAAAGCGCUAGAGAUUUUUUGAUUCCUCGUUAUCACUGCAAUGACCGUUAUUAUUUCUCUUCCUAAGUUGGAUGGCUAUUUGUUUCUUUUGUUUUCAUUUGUCUGAUUCGACAACUGAGGUGCCUUUUUUAUGUUGGGUUUAUCAUCAUUUUGCCAGGUGUUAGUGAUCAGGGAGAAACUUGCUGAGCUGUAUGAAUCUGAGCGGGAGUGGUCGAAAGCAGCACAGAUGCUUAGUGGGAUCGACUUGGACUCGGGAAUAAGGUCCAAGGUUUGGUUUGAAAGUCCCUGGAUAGAAUGCUUUUGUUCACCUAUUCUGACUUAUUUCAUAACGUCUAAUGUGACAGAAUGCUUGAUGAUACCUACAAGUUAUCAAAAUGUGUUCAGAUUGCUCGUCUCUACUUAGAGGUUUGUUUCCAUGAUUAUGGUAUUUUAGAGUAUCCCACCGCCCUUGAGCAUUGAUGUAUCAUUUCCUAGAAUAUCUAACGUCAAGCUUUGCAUGGUGUAUUUGAAAGGAUGAUGAUGCUGCGAGUGCAGAAGCCUUCAUCAACAAAGCUUCUUUCCUCGUGAGUAAUAGCCAGCACGAAGUCUUAAACUUACAAUACAAGGUGAACAUCAAACAUUGUUUACACAACUUCUGUGGGUAGUUAGCCAUUAAAAGUAAAAAUACCUGAGAGACUGUUUCGACAGGUCUGCUAUGCAAGGAUAUUAGAUUUGAAGCGGAAGUUUCUGGAAGCUGCACUUCGUUACUAUGACAUUUCCCAGAUUGAGAAACGGCAAUACGGAGACGAGUGUGUCUAUUUAACAAAAGUGUUUACUCCUUUGUUGACGUUUUUGAGUAGUAAUGUACAUUAUACAAUGUGACACUUAUUCGCGGCAUAAUAACAGUUAUUGAAUUUUAUAUUGAUUCUGAUUGAGUGUUUUUUUCUCAUAAUACCAAAAUCCAGGGAAAUUGAUGAAGAAGCGCUGGAGCAAGCUCUCACUGCUGCUGUAACUUGCACAAUUCUUGCUGCUGCUGGUCCACAACGUUCUCGUGUCCUAGCUACACUGUACAAGGCAUGUACAUAUUUUAUAUAAUUGAUCCAAUCUCUGUUUUCUAUUGUUCUGAUCAUGCUAUCAUUAUACAGAAAAGAACAUUCAUGCUCAUUUUUGCAGAACAUCAAGUUCUCGAUUCAUGAUGUCUUUGUCCUUGAUUGCUUAGUUGCAAUGUCUAAUGUUUUGGUGCAGUUUUCAAUGUCAUCAGUCGGUUUUGGCAAAUUUCCUGUUGUAGCAGAUCGUGCUAUUUCCUAUUCAUUUUUAAGGCAAUCUGUUAAGAAGAAAAUGCCUCUACGAAUCCGACAUGAAGAAACUUACUAUGUUCCUUCUGGUUAUGCAUGUUUCAAGGGGGGCUUAAUUAUUUAUAUAUUUAGUGACGACAGGUAGAUUCAUUUGUUUUAAGAAAUAGGACCGUUAUUUAUGUCGUGAUACAGCAUUUAUAUUCCCUCUGGGGAGGAAACUGUUUAACCAUAGGUGACAGGGCACAUCAUAAGAGCAACGAAUUCAGGGGCAUAGUCAAGCAGCCCUGCGAGGUGUUCACCUUGUCCACCUUAAUCCUCUAGCAGCCUCGUUUUUUACCCUGACCAUCAAUAACAAUAAAUAUUAGUUUUUUCAUUAAUUAUAUUUCUAAAGUAUGUUCUUGGCCAUAAAAAAUAUAUAUAAAAAUAUCAAUGAUAGCAUCCUUUGUUUUUUUAUUAAUUAAAAAUCUAUUGUGAUUACCAGGAUUAGGAAAUGAAUUUUUUUAUCAACCAACAAGAAAUGAACUAGCUUUAUUAAAUAAUACUGCUGUGGCACACUCCUGAUUGCAUAAAAAGGUUAUUAGUUAAUGAUCGCUCAAUACACAGUGCCAACUAUCAUAUCAAAUGCAGUACUAAAUAGGAUAUGUUUUACUUUUUCAAUGAUUAUCAUUUUAAGUGUUCUUUAUUUUAAGUUUUUAAUGUUAUGGUGAUUUUACUCUCAGUCUUGGCAUUACAGCUUUAGGAGGGAAAUGGCUUCAUAUAUAUUCUCCCUAAUCUAUUUCUGGUCUGAGGAAUCUUUCUUUUAGUCACUAACCUUCCUGUGGUAUUUCGCGUCUUUGUAGCUUUGUAUGCCAUUUCCACCCUGUUCAAGGACUAAAUCUGAUUGUUAUCGAUGAAUGAGUAAAAGAUUUGAAUGCAUGAAGCAUCUUUGACAUUCAAUAACAAGAUUUGAAUUCGUCGAAAUUAUUCUGUUUUUCAUACAAAAAUUGGAUACAACAUUCUCAUCUCUUCGAAGUAUAAUCAAAUAUUGCAUAUUCUGAUUCUUUCUCUUGGUUUGGAUAUUAGGAUGAAAGAUGCUCGAAGUUGAAGAUUUACCCAAUAUUGCAGAAGGUACACAUUGAGGUUUCUUUAUGUGAAUAGGUAUAAAUUCUUAGUCGAAACAAUCUAAUUAUGAUAUUCUUUUGCCGUAAGGUUUACCUGGAGCGAAUUCUGAGAAAGCCAGAAAUUGAUGCAUUUGCUGAAGAACUGAAGCCACAUCAGGUAUUAUACUAUCCUUUUUGUGUCGUAUUUUUUUUUAAUUCCUUGUGGCCGUCACUUGGAGAAUUGUUGCUUAUCAGAAAUUCUGUUUUCCAUCAGAAAGCGCUUCUACCCGAUAAUUUCACUGUUCUGGGUCGUGCAAUGAUCGAGCAUAAUCUUCUGAGUGCGAGCAAACUUUACACAAAUAUAAGGUGUGGCCAGUUAUACUUAUUUAAGCUUAUUUAGUUCUUCUUGCCUCUACAUCGGAUAUUUGAUGUAUUAAUUUUUAAUUUUCAGCUUUGAAGAAUUGGGCACUCUUCUUGGUAUUCCUCCUCAAAAGGUGCGUUUAAUUUUCAUUCACCAAAUAAUCCCAGGCCUUCUUGUUCUCUGUUUAAAUUUCCCUAUCUUCUGUUCUUCAAAGUUCUCUUGCUUCCGUGUAAUCAUUACUGAGUAUGGUAUAUAAGUCAGCAUCACGAUUAAAAGAUGAACUGUCUGCCAAUCAUCAUUUACCUUUUAUCAUUUCUGGGCGGAUGAUGAUGAUGAUGAUGAUGAUGAUGACCAGCUUACCCCAUUUGAAAAGUGCGUACUUGCCUUGUCCGGCUCUGGGAUCUUCUGAAAGGUCGCACAGCUUCUCCUUUCUGUCCCUUAAAAAAUAGUCUCUCAUCCGAAUCCUUUCUGCGUGUUCACUUGCUACAAAAGGAAAUAAAACGAGGGCUAUUCUUCUGGAUAUUGCACCAAAUUUCCUAUUGGUUUUGAGUUGAUGGUCCGAUACUCCAACAUGAAUGAACCCUCUUGAGUCUUCUGCUUGAAAGUAUUGACUGUUUACAGCAAGUUCUGAUAAAAGCAUAGUUACCUUUCCAGGCUGAGAAGAUUGCUUCCCGGAUGAUCUACGAAGAUAGAAUGAGGGGAUCCAUUGACCAGGCACGUCGCUUCUUCUAUCAUAUUAGCAUUUUCUCUGCACAUUUUGGUUUAAUCAUUUUUAUUUUUGUUCCUAAUGUGAAAUUAUCUCACGUUCCCUAGCUUUUCAAGAUUCUGUUGGUGUUUGUGGGUCUAGUAGGAUAAUGGGGUAAUGGGUUCUCACUCAUAUUUGAAUAGGAGAGAAGCUGGACCUGAGCUCCUAAUCUCUCCCCCCUAACCUGCGGGUGGUGGGCCCAUCACGCUCGCCCUAAGCUCCACUAACAUCACAUUCUUUCUAAAAUUAGCAUCCAUUUUAUCCCCCAUAUGUUUAUUCAUUGCCUAUAUUUCCCUAAAUAUUAUUACCCUCCUUCAGAGAUGGAGGGUAUACAUACCGUGGAUAGGCUAAUAAGUAGUUUUUUUUUUUUUUUUAUUGCGGGUGUUUUAGUCUGUGUAUUAUUUUUCAGGUUGAAGCUGUGAUACAUUUUGAAGAUGAUACGGAAGAGCUUCAGCAGUGGGAUCAACAGGUAAUUUCUCCCCUUCUCAUAGUUACAUGCUGCCCCCGAAAGCUUAUUAUCAUCCGUAAUAUGUUAUUGAUAAUCUCCUCCGAAAUUUUGGGAAGAAUAAUAUUUAUUUAUUUUCUUAAUAUCGGCUAGUUUAGAUAUAUAAAGCAUGGAGUGUUCCUUUUUUGCCCCCAAUCGAAUAUUUGGGAAUUUGAAAAGCCCUCUAGUUUUUCUUCUGUUUUACUAGGUUAGGUAUUUUUUAAAUAUAUCCAUCAUUUGGUUUCCUUUGCCUACAAAAAUAUUUAAAAUUUAAAAUACCCUUUGAUAAAUAAAGCAUGGAAUGUUCCUUUUUUCCCCCCAACCGAGUACCUGGGAAUUUAAAAAAAUCCUUUUUUUACUAGCUUAGGUAUUUAUUAAAUAUAUCCAUCAUGUGGUUUUCUUUCCCUAAAAAAAUAUUUAAAAUUUUAAAUACCCUUUGAUUUAUAAAGCAUAGUGUUCCUUUUUUGCCCCCAACCGAGAGGAAUUUAAGAAACUCUUUUUUUACUAGCUUAGGUAUUUAUUAAAUAUAUCCAUCAUUUGGUUUUCGUCCCCUAAAAAAAAUUAAAUUUUUAAAUACUUUAUUUAUUUAUUUUAUGUCGCCCUGAAUUUCUUAGGAGACCCUCUCCUAAAAAAGAAAUCCCAAUUCCGGUUCUUUUUCAUAAUCCUGGAGUUCUACAAGGAUCCUAAACAAAAUUGCCUCAUUUAUCUACUUAUAUGGAUAUAUGUGUAUAUAUGUAUGUAUGUUGGAUUGGCCGGAGAAGGCUUGAUCUGGUGGGCGUCAGACUGCAAUUUUUCAAUGUCAUAUUAAAAUGGAUUAAUAAUUAUUCACCUUCUGGACUUCUUUCCCGAUUCGGGCAUAAAUCAGUGUUUUUAAUUUCGUUAAUUUAUACACGCUCUAAUCAAAUUCAUGCCCCAGCAGAUAUUUGGGCUGUGCCAGGCGCUGAACGAUAUUCUCGACUGCAUGUCUUGCAAGGGCAUCUCCGUUCCCGUAUAG